GCCGCAGCCGUCCGGCACCAGCCCCACGCCGGGGGCGCACUGCGGCGCGGCCGCCGGGCACUGGCACACGGCGGGGCAGGGCGAGCCCAGAGCCUGCGGAGCGGAGCGGAGCGCACGGUGAGCGCCGGCAGCGCAGCGGGGACACCCGACCCGCCUCCCCCUCCCCGGCCGCAGGAAGAGCCGCGGCACUUACCAGGCGGGCCAGGCAGAGGAGAGCGGCCGCCAGAGCGGGGCGGGUACCCGCGGAGCCCAUGUCCAGCGCCGGUGCAGCGGAGCCCGUGUGAGCGCGGAGCGGGAGCGCGGCCGGCGCGGUCUGAGGCGGCUCCGGGCGCCGCCGCCUUAUAUGGGGCGCGGGGCCGCCGCGUGCGCCGCGGCGCUGACGUCGCGCGUUCCGGGCCGCGGCCGCGUCCAGCGCUCGCGGCAUCCCAGGAAUGUGGCUGGCGCGCGCCGCGGCCGCCCCGCCCCGCCCCGGCUCCGGCACCGCGGCCAAGGCGGCGGCGCUGCCGCGGGGGGUCCCUCCGCCCCUGGACCCGACCGGCCGGGACACAGCGCGGGGGGCCGCGGAGGCCGCUCCCCAUCCCGCGGACGCGGAGGGUCCCCGCGGACGCGAAGGUGGUAACGGGAGGCGCUGUUCGCCCUCGGGGCUGUGCCGGCGGCGCCCGGACACCUACGGGACAGCGGAGCUGCCCUGCCCGCCCCGGGCGCCCGCGGCGCUGCCCCUCCAGAUCACACUGCCCGGGGGUCACCGGGGCUCGGGCCCUGGCGCUGCUGCCGUGCGAGGGACAGUCACAACCCUUCCCCGUACGGCAGACCCCGGGAGCCUGGCUGUGCCCAGCGGCACCGAGAGGCCCGGUUUCCAGACCGGGAACGGGAUGGCCACGCGGCGAACAUCCUCCCUCCCCGUCAACCUGUGUAUCUCCGGCCUCAGUGCCCCUCACUCAACGGGUGUCCCUGCGUGCCGCCUGCCCGGGACGGGCAGCCGGGGAGGGGAGGCAGCCGCAGCCCCGCCGCUCGGAGGAACCGAGCCCGGACGUCUCGUCGCCUGCCCGGCGGCCGAAAGGAUGACAGAAAGGACCGUUUCGUGGGGACGGUGCGUAGGGCUCCGGGAGUGGGGAAAGGUGAUGGGACGGAAGCUCUGAGCACUCUUUGCCCAGAACACAUGUGCUUCAGAAGGCAGCAGUGUUUUUCUUCAUCACUUGUAUGCCUCAAAAUUCGACCAGAAAAGACAAUUGCUGAAAGGGAAAACCAGUCUUUAGUUGCAUGCAGCUCUCUCUGGAGACUGCCAAUGUGUACCAUGUAGCACCAUUUCUGAUGACAGGAACUAUUUAAUGUGUCCAGCAAGAAUUCAAGAGAGACCACCAGCAAGCUUUGAUGGCUGCCAGUAAUGGCAGUAACAACUUUCCAUCUCCACGUAUUUAGCUGGGCCCCAGCUGGUGAUGAGGAGUAGGACAGUCCCAUUUCCAGACUCCAAGCUAUCCACUCCAGUGGUCUUCCCUUGGUUUCACAAGUGUAUGGGUUUUCCUGUGGUACUUUAGUUUUAAAACCCUAAAGUGGUUUUUAGAUGGGGAAUCUGGCUGAUACUUUUUUCCCUGGAUGACUCUUUACACAGCAGCAUUAUGAUCAGGAGGAACAAAUUUGUGAUUCAACACACCUUGAUUAAUGAAAAAAACACCUUGAUUAAUUUAAAAAAUUUUUAAAAAGAAGAAGCUAAGACAUCACUGCAUGGUUAAAUUGGCCAGUUUUGCUUUUCAGGGAUUUAUGCAAACACUUGUUUAUUUAAUUACAUCUAAUUUAAGGACACGCACCGAGCGCUUUGCUUUGAUCUAUGGCUUUCACAACAUUCAGCAAAUGCCACAGGAAAAGUCAAUGAAUAGCGCCUUUUCUCAGUUGGUUUCAUGUCUUACCACACAUUCACACAACUUUGAUGGGAAACUGUAACUGAACCUACAUUUGCUCAAGAAAAGGUCACUUCGAAAGCUUUGAAGCACCUUUUAACAAACCUAUCCUGAAUUUCAAGUAGUUGUCAACACUUGAGAUGGGUUGAGUUUCUUUGGAGUUCAGGUUAGACUGUGACCCUUUCCCUGCACACGUUUCCCUGUCACAAACCAUGACCCAGUGUUUACCCUCCAAGCUGUGGAGGGUAAACAUCAUGGGGUACACUUAUGUCUACUUCUCCUGGAUGUACACCAGGAAAUAGGAAAAAGUUUGGGAUAUCUUCCUUUUUUAGAUUUUGUUCAGUGUAAUGUACUGUUCCAGACUUUUGUUGUUCUAAAUAAACUGGGAAAUACUCCCUGUUUCAUGUCACAGAGAGUAUUUUACUGGCUUCUCUUUUUUUGCUAUAGGCAGUUGCUGGGAGCUCAGCUAAUGCAAAGCAGGAAUUUGAAACUGUUGGCUUACAUAGCAGGUAUUACAGAUUUACUGAGUAUAUCCUGUUAUUUUCACAGGCCUGUGUCUCUCCAGGGAAGGGACUUUCCAGAGAAAUAAAUCAAGAAAAAAUAACUGGUUUAA